AUGCUGCAGCAAAUUCUGCGUGAUAUGUACAUUGACCCAGAGCUCCUGGCGGAGCUGAAUGAGGACCAAAAGCAGAUCUUGUUUUACAAAAUGAGAGAAGAGCAGCUGAGGCGCUGGAAGGAGAGGGAAGAGAAAGCACGAGUGGAAGAGACUAUGGUGAGAAAGACAGCGAGAUGCAAACAAAGUAAUGGCAAACAUGUGCAGUGGCUACAUGGGAAGGAUGGUGAGGUCUGGGUGUGGGUUAUGGGAGAAGCCCCAGGUGACAAGCCGUAUGAGCAGAUAUCUGAGGAGCUAAUAGCAGAGCGAGCCAGGCAACAAGCACAGAAGGAGGCAGAAGAACUAUGGAGGAAAAAGGAGGCAGAAAUUACAAAAAAAUUCCGAGAUGCUAUGGCUCAAGAAAAAGCCAGAAUAGUGGCAGAAAAAUGGAAAGUAGAAAUAGAAGAUCGGAAAGCAGCCAAGUUGGUGGAGGAAAAAAUUCAAGAGGAACUGAAGAAAAGAGAAGAAGAAGAAAGACAAAAAGGUGAAGAACAAAUACGACAGCAGGAGGAAAUCCGGGCAAGAGAGCUGUAUUUGAGCCUCAAGCAAGCUCAGCAGCACGGGCAGCACAGUGAUAAUGACCAAGAGUGGGAAGAACAGUUGCGUCGCUCCAAAGCUGCAGAUGAGGAGAGGAGCCACCAAGCGCGCCGGGCCCGGGACGAAUACCGGCGACAAUCCUUGCGAGCCAUCCAGAAGGGAAGAGUGGCCGGACUGAGUAAUUUGUUCAAGGGGACGAGCCUGAAUAAUGAGCCGGAGGCAAAACUGAACGACAGUCCAAGCCCUUUGCUGUCUCUCGCUGUUCCAUCCAGUAAAAUUUGGGAGCGUCCCUCUAGACCCUUUUCCCGAGAAGUCAUCAUUCACUGGUUCAAAGAAGAGCAGCUUCCUCGACGUGCUGGAUUUGAGAGGAACACCAACAGGAUUGCUACGUGGUUUCACGGUAUUAUCAGUCGCCAGGAGGCAGAAGAGCUGCUAAUGAAUAAGUCUGAGGGAUCGUUCCUGGUGCGGGUCAGUGAGAAGAUCUGGGGCUACGCGUUGUCUUACCGCCAACAAAGCGGGUUCAAGCACUUUCUGGUUGACGCUUCGGGGGAUUUUUACAGCUUCUUGGGGGUAGAUCCAAACCGACACGCAACCCUCACAGAUCUUAUUGAUUUUCACAAGGAGGAAAUCAUCACAUCUUCAGGUGGGGAGUUACUGUUGGAGCCAUGUGGGCAGCAGAAGAACCCACCAGACUACAGCCCUUUAUUUGAAUAACGAUUUAGGACUAAUAAGAAUAAAUUUUUGGGUAGUCCAAUAAUGCAUAGGUACACAAAUAAAUGCAAAUUACAAAAUUAAAUGAACUUUCAAAGCCACUUGUCUUGUGGCCAAAGCUAUCCUCAUUAGAAUGUCCGAGAUAUUUCUGUUUCAUCUAAACAUGUUAAAUUGCUGACAGAUUAGAAGAAUGGGAAGUAUUCCCAGAAAUUCUUUCAGGGCUUGUGGACAGCUGCAUUGAAAGCUAAGGUUCUCUCGAUUUUCACCUAAUGUAUAAAACUGAAAAUGCAGAAUUACAUAAUUCUAACGGCAUGAACUACAGCAAGUUUACAAAUCACUCAGUGGUGGAAAUACAGUUUUUCUGAAUGGGAGUAAAUUU